AGAGCAAUUCGGACUCACACACAAACUCAGUCAGCAGCUUCUAUCGAGCUCACCAUGACCGCCUCGUCUCACUUCUGAUUUAAGACGUACGGGAAUCCGCUCGUCACAUAUCAGUAAGUCACUACAGAGAAAGUGCUGAUCUGGGACCAGCUGGAAGGACAACAUGGGUGUGUGGACUGCCCUGAUUCUGGCCUCGCAGCUGCUGUUAAAACUGAGCUUGCACGUGGAAGCCCAGGCUUUAGUCUAUGAUCUGCUCACCUCGCCUGAUUGCCUGCCAGACCUGCUGCAGGGGGGUCUGGCCGAGCAGGGGGUUCGCGAGGCUUUCAUCCUCACCACCUUUAAGUUGCAGCCCAGGACCGGAACCAGUUUGUUUUCCCUGUUCAACCCCCGGGACAACAGGAAGUACUUUGAGUUCACGGUGAUGGGAAAGCUCAACCGAGCCGUGCUGCGCUACCUGCGGAGUGACAAGAGGAUGAGCUCGGUGACCUUCAACAACCUGGUGCUGGCGGACGGCCAACAACACCGACUCUUGUUCCACCUGAAGGGGAUGCAGCCGCCGGGGCCGGGCGGGGUGGAGCUGCAUCUGGACUGCAGGCUGGUGGAGACGCUCAGAGAUCUCCCGGCCGCCUUCCAAGGUUUGCCGGCGGGCUACGGUACGGUGGAGCUGAAGACCAUGCAAGCCAGGGAUCAGGAGAGUUUAGACGAGCUCAAGCUGGUGGUCGGGGACACGUUUGAGAAUGUAGCGGCUCUACAGGACUGCCACUUCCAACAAAAGGACUCUGUCCAGACUCUGGGGGUCAACACGAAGCAGCUGUCCAAUCAAAUGCUGGACUUAACCAAGGUGAUAAAUGAGCUGAAAGACGUCCUCAUCCAGCAGGUCAAAGAGACCUCCUUUCUCAGAAACACCAUUUCAGAGUGUCAGGCGUGUGGUCUGGGUGGUACUGAGGUGGUGAAAGCAAGGUGUACCGCGUUGGUCUGUUUCCGUGAGAAUAUGUGCAUCGAGACAGCAGAUGGUGUCGAGUGCGGCCCGUGUCCCGACGGCUACACCGGGGACGGAUUCAACUGUGACGACGUGGACGAGUGCCAGUUCAACCCCUGCUUCCCCGGCGUGGAGUGUGUGAACACUGCCCCGGGCUUCCGCUGUGACGCCUGUCCGCUGGGCUACAGCGGCCUGGCCGUGGAGGGGGUGGGCAUUUUGUAUGCCCAGACCAACAAACAGGUCUGUGACGACAUUGACGAAUGUAAAGAUCCCAACAGCGGCUGCGCUGCCAACUCCAUCUGCUCCAACUCCGUGGGCUCCUACCACUGCGGCAGCUGUAACACAGGUUUCACAGGAGAUCAAGUGAAGGGCUGCAAGCCAGCGAUCAGCUGCGGCAACAGCCUGACGAACCCGUGCGACGCCAACGCCCAGUGUAUUCCAGAGAGAGACGGGUCAGUCCAUUGUCAGUGUGGAAUUGGCUGGGCCGGUAAUGGAUACCUGUGUGGGAAGGAUACCGACAUUGACGGCUACCCAGAUGAGAAACUCAAAUGCAAAGAUUUGAGCUGUAAAAAGGAUAACUGCAAGUUCGUUCCUAACUCCGGUCAAGAGGAUGCGGACAGGGAUAGUUAUGGAGACGCCUGUGACGCCGAUGCCGAUGGGGACGGUAUACCCAACGAGCAGGACAACUGCUGGUUGAAAGCCAACUUGGACCAGAGGAACAGCGACAAGGACAGCCAUGGAGACGCCUGUGAUAACUGCCGCAUGGUGGAGAACCCUGACCAGAGGGACACCGACAGCGACGGCAAAGGAGACGCCUGCGACGACGACAUGGACGGAGACGGCCUGAAGAACUUUUUAGACAAUUGCCAGCUUGUCCAGAACCGAGACCAGGUGGACCGGGACGGAGAUGGAGUGGGAGACGCCUGUGACAGCUGCCCCGACACCCCCAACCCAAAUCAGUCGGACAUUGACAAUGACCUGGUUGGAGACUCCUGUGACACAAACCAAGACAGUGAUGGCGACGGUCAUCAGGAUACCAAGGAUAAUUGCCCAUUCGUAAUAAAUAGCUCCCAGCUGGACAGUGACAAAGACGGGCUGGGAGACGAGUGUGACGAUGACGACGACAACGAUGGGAUCCCUGACUCCUUACCACCGGGACCAGACAACUGCCGGCUGGUACCGAAUUCUGACCAGAUCGAUGACAAUAGUGAUGGAGUUGGAGACAUCUGUGAGUCCGACUUCGACCAGGACAAAGUGAUCGACAGGAUUGACAACUGUCCUGAGAAUGCUGAGGUCACCUUGACUGACUUCAGGGCCUAUCAGACGGUGGUGCUGGACCCCGAGGGCGACGCUCAGAUCGACCCCAACUGGAUUGUUUUGAACCAGGGAAUGGAAAUUGUGCAGACCAUGAAUAGUGACCCAGGACUGGCUGUUGGCUACACGGCUUUCAGUGGCGUGGACUUUGAAGGAACCUUCCACGUGAACACAGUGACCGACGACGACUACGCCGGCUUCAUCUUCGGCUACCAGGACUCGUCCUCCUUCUACGUGGUGAUGUGGAAGCAGACCGAACAGACCUACUGGCAGGCCACGCCCUUCAGAGCGGUGGCCGAGCCCGGCAUCCAGCUGAAGGCGGUGAAGUCUAGAUCGGGCCCCGGGGAGCACUUGAGGAACUCGCUGUGGCAUACGGGAGACACCAACGACCAGGUGCGUCUUCUGUGGAAGGACCCCCGAAAUGUGGGCUGGAAGGACAAGGUGUCCUACCGCUGGUACCUGCAGCACCGCCCACAGGUCGGCUACAUCAGGGCGAGGUUUUAUGAAGGAACUGAGCUAGUGGCCGACACCGGCGUGACCAUCGACACGACCAUGAGGGGAGGGCGGCUCGGCGUGUUCUGUUUCUCUCAGGAAAACAUCAUCUGGUCCAAUUUGAAAUACCGCUGCAACGACACCCUCCCGGAGGACUUCCAGGAGUUCAGCACUCACCACGGUGUCGACUCGCUCUGAAGUCAAGGCAAAAACAUGACAUCAGAUCUCUAAAGAAUGCUUCUGUGUGUGAAUGUGUGAGUGUGUGUGCGUAUGUGUGUGUGUGUGUGUGUGUGUAUUGGUGUGUACAGUUUCAGUGCAUAUACAGGACUGUCUCAGAAAAUUAGAAUAUUGUGAUGAAGUUCUUUAUUUUCUGUAAUGCAAUUAAAAAAACAAAAAUGUCAUGCAUUCUGGAUUCAUUACAAAUCAACUGAAAUAUUGCAAGCCUUUUAUUCUGAUUUAUUGCUGAUUAUGGUUUACAGCUUAAGAAAACUCAAAUAUCCUAUCUCUAAAUAUUAGAAUAUCAUGAAAAAGUAUACUAGUAGGGUAUUAAACAAAUCACUUGAAUUGUCUAAUUAACUCGAAACACCUGCAAGGGUUUCCUGAGCCUUGACAAACACUCAGCUGUUAUAAAUCUUUUUUUUUACUUGGUCUGAGGAAAUAUUAAAAUUUUAUGAGAUAGGAUUUUAGAGUUUUCUUAAGCUGUAAGCCAUAAUCAGCAAUAUUAAAAGAAUAAAAGGCUUGCAAUAUUUCAGUUGAUUUGUAAUGAAUCCAGAAUGCAUGACAUUUUUGUUUUUUUAAUUGCAUUACAGAAAAUAAAGAACUUUAUCACAAUAUUCUAAUUUUCUGAGACAGUCCUGUAUGACCACGACCUCCGUACUGUAUGUGUCUCUUACCCAAUUGUAUUUGUACGGUUUGAUUAUCUCUUAAAGAAUCCAGUUGAGCUACUUUUGCUGAAGAUUAUAAGUUAUAAUGAUUUUUAUUAAAAAACGAUGCUCUGUGAUGUGACAUAAAAACAACAGAAACAUGUAACAUCAAAUUACAAAAUGCUAAAUAACAUAUGUUCAAAAAUGGCCAGUUUCCAUAUUGUUUUUCCAAUUAAAAGGGAAUAUUAUUAUAGAAAAACUGUAUUUUGCUUCCACACAGGAGAUGUUUGCUUAUGUGUAGAUAAAUAUGCACAAACAACUAGAAAGGAAAGUUAUGGCUCAGCCUCAGACUGUUGCAUUUUAAUCAUAAACUGGUUUUAUGUGUUUAUGUUGUUUUCUCUUCCAAACGAAUCCAGUUGAGCAAAAGUAGCUCAACUGGAUUCUUUAAGAGAUAAUCAAACCGUACAAAUACUUGACAUCUUGAUCAUUUCAUAUCUAUGUAGUCACAACCCUGGUUAAAAUAAAGGGCUUUAAAAUACA